AAAUUAAAAUUAAAAGACCAUUCAUUUCUUUGUCUACCCUUCUUCACUUGCACUCUCUCUCUCUUUUAUUCUUUCUAUUGUAAAAAAAUGAAUCCCUCUCAAAGCCCUAGCCCUAAUUUCACGUUCUUAUCCGAUGAAAAAUCUAUUUAUCCUUUCAUGGAUAAUUAUGAUUUUUCCAGUUUGAUGUUCGAUGUUGGUGAAGGAGGCAACAAUGGUUUGAUCCAGGAGGAACCUUCAUCUCCGACAACCAUCGUUACCGGCGAAAGCGGCGGAUCCGACAGCGCGUUGACGACGUUGAGUAAAAAGGAAUUAACUUUCAAUUGCAAAAAUAGGGGAAGCAAAGAUGGAGAGACGAAGGAGAUGGGUCAUCGAGUUGCAAUUAGAACAAGAUCACAGAUUGAUGUGAUGGAUGAUGGUUAUAAGUGGAGGAAGUAUGGGAAGAAAUCUGUCAAGAACAACACUAACAAGAGGAACUACUACAAAUGCUCAAGUGAAGGUUGCAUGGUGAAGAAGAGGGUAGAGAGAGAUGGUGAAAAUGCAGCUUAUGUGAUUACAACCUAUGAAGGAGUCCAUAACCAUGAGAGUCCCUCGCAUGUCUAUUACAAUGACAUGGUUUUGUCUUUUGAUCAUGAUAAUCCGAGCCAACACUCUCUUCUUCGAUCUAUCCAAAAUUUUCCACCAUCUUGAGUUUAUUAAAUAUCUACCAUCAUUAUAAAUACCGCUAUGUAUUGGUUCUGGAUAUUUUGAUUAUGAAAUUAACCUCUUGCGGUUAUCUAAGGUAUUAAAAUAUCAAUGUAUAUAUAGUUGUUAAUUUGCAGUGUUAUGUUUAGAGAUGUUAAAUUAAUAGGUUUCUAAUGUUUUUUUUUAACAGAAGAUAUAGGUCUGUAAUGGGUUUUCUCUGGAU